CAAAAUUGACGUCACUUCAACACGCCAGCCACUCCACCGCCACACUUUCAAGUUCAAGUCACUGUGGCGGCAAAUAAGCCAUUGCACCCUCAUUGGAUCGGGGAGAGUGUUUCACGUGCACUCUGGUAUGUUUGCUACGUAGCUCUCCACUACAAGCUCCAGGCACAAUCGAGUGGACCAAUACAGCACCACAACCCCCCUCUUUGCUUCACACACUCCCCCAAGCAUUGCAACCAAGCUGAGACUUGAGACCAUGGACGAGAGCAAUAAGGAUGGCAAUGACGCCGACGAGAUCGGCAAGACCAUCGAAGAUGAGACAACUACAAUGUCGGUAGAUCCACUGGCGACGACGGAUACUAGUACUAGUACUCCCCCAGACGACCCGGCAGGCGACGAAGUAGAUCUAAAGGACGGAGAGAAGAAGGAAGAGAAGGAGCAAGAUCCAGUUGUGCCUGUAGAUGUUGGUGAAGCAGCCAAGACCAAUGACGAUGACAAUGGCAACGAUGACGGCAGCGACAAGAAGGACCAAGCAAAGGAGAAUGAACCGAAGAAGGAUGCUACUAGUAGUACAGUUGCGGAAGCGCCAAAAGACAAAGAUCAAGUCAUGACGGAUCAAGGCAAGAAAGAUGCAGACUCACAAGGCCAAGACAAAGCUGAAGAGCCAAAAGACCAAGAGCAGCAAGAUCAAGUCAUGGAAGAAAGAGACCAAGAACUUCAAGUCAUGAAAGACAAAGAUCAAGUCAUGAAGGACGCUGAGCGGCAAGACCAAGGCAAAGAUCAAGUCAUGAAAGACCAGAGCAAGAAAGACCAAGCUGUCGACAAAGACAAAGUUGAUGAAGCAGACUCACAAGGCAAAGAGAAGGCAGUGGAAGCUGAAGCAUCAGAGGCAGCAACUGAAAAGGAGAAAGUCCAAGCGAAGGCAGUGGAAGCUUCAGCCUCAGUGGCAGCAACUGACAAGACAGCAACUGCAACUGAAAAAGCAGCCAAAGACAAAGCACCAGUUGAAAAGGAAAAGGCCAAGACGGCAGUUGAAAAGCCAGUCAAGCCAAAAAAGCCAGUCAAGAAAAAGGACUCGUGCUGCUGCAAAUGGGUGAAUUGCGCGGAACUGCAAAGUCAAUUAUACGACGGUGACUUGCGCAAGGGAUUGGUCGCCAUUCCCAAUGUCAGUGGCGCACUCCAGAAAUCAUUUUGUCGUCAUUUGGGUGUCGAACCGGACACGCCACCCCAACGAUUCGUCAUUGCCAAGCAUCAUUGGCCAUUGGCGUUGCUGCAAGACAAUAUGGUACAGAAACGACGAUGGACUACUCCGUUGACUCUCCUCGAAGCGUGUCGCUUAUUGCAUAUGGUCGAGAAAAAGGACUCGUACAAACAAUCCACCACCACCAACACUCAUGACAUUGUCUACUGUCAAGCACCCAAUGUACCACUCCAGGUCGUAGAACAGGCCUGUUGGAGUGACGACGCCGAUGACGAACACGAAGCGGCACGCAUUCUCAACAAUCGAAAUGAAAUCAUUGAACGACUACUCAAGGAAAAUGCAAAACUAAAGGCCAAUUCCGAAAAGUCCAAAGACACCAACAAUACACUCGCCAAACAACUACGAAAACUAGAAAAAAUCAAAUCACUGGCCAACAGUCCGCACUGGAUAUCCACCAAUACACUACUGGAAUUCCUAAACAAUCAUUACGGAGGACUCACACGAUACACCAUUCAGUCUGAUGAAUGGCACGCAAACAAUCCAAAUGCCGCCAAGGAAUUGUUUGGGUAUCCCACGUGGGCCAUUACCAAGGAAAAAAUAUGCGAACGAUUUCCCACACUCCUCGAAAAGGGACCCCUCGUCACGCCGCCGCGCAUGUUUCAAUCCAAAAAGGGCGUCUUGCAACUCGACGAUGUCUCGGAAUUUGAAAAGUGUCUCUGCGUCAAACUCAUGGAUCGCACCGGAUUGACCAAAACACGAGCGGCACUGCUUUUUGGACGACAGGAUCGGACCGUCACGUAUUGGCGACAAGCAUGGUGUCCCCAAUGGGGCAUUGCACGGGAUGGAUUGGAACAGUCCAAACACAAGGCACACCUCAAUCAAUCCACACGCAAAACGCCACGGAAACCUACUGGUAUUGCUGCCACGAAUAAUACCAAAAAGAUGGUACUCAAGAAACGCAAGUCGCCCACACCGGACGAAGAUCCUGGUGCGGCCGCCGCUGCCGCGCAACAUCCCUUUCACUCGUAUCAUCAGUUUUUGCAACAACAGCAACAACAUCAGCAGCAGCAGCAGCAACAACAGCAUCAACAACAGGCGCAUCAUGCCCCACAGGCCGCCCAUCAUCAGCCACAGCAACCACCCGGAGGAUACGGAUAUCCAGAUGCCACCAUGGCAGCGGCGGCCGUAUUGCCCAAUGCGGCGGCUGCCACCAACGCCAAGCAGCGACGGACCAUGUACAAUCCAUAUGCGCAGCUGUGA